AUCUGCAAAAUAAGGAUUCAGAUUCGUUUCGGGCAGCAGGAACAAGUAUUCGGCCAAAUAUGAAAUCUUUCUGAAAAAGGCCAAUCCUGGAUUCGGUGCAUCCCUAGCAGUGUCCGACUGGCCCACCGGGAUACCAGGAAAACUCCCGGUGGGCCCAGGUGUCAGUGGGCCCUCUUGCUUCUAACCAUUUUGCUUUCCCUAUAUCUUUUUAGGGAAAAAGAGGCUUAUUACUGGAACAAUAGAGUUUAGUAAGUAAAUAUAAAAGACUUGGCGAAUAAAAAGGUUAAGCGAGUAAAGGAGGAAUAAUAGUUUGGAAAGGGGGCCAAGGUUUUCAGGUGGGCCCCUGGCAUCUCAGUCCGACACUGAUCCCUAGAAAAAAGUCAUGAAACAUAAGGGACAUCAAAUUACUACUAGUCCUCUAGCUUUAUAUAGUAUAGUUCCAUGGAUGACUGUCGGUGUAUGUUGGAAGCUGUAGUUCUUGCCAGAGGAGGGGCUGCAAGUCUGAAAUGUCAUUAAUAGAGUUUAUCCAGCUGUUUACAUGGGUGGCUGUUUUCUCCAAGGACUCAUAGAGGAAGUGGAGCAUUGCAUUAAGGCCCUUCACAUGUGACCUCUGUAUCUGUAUAUAUGCUAAUCCAUUUUCUUGCAUUCUCUCUUGUGCACUGCAUGCUUCUGAGGUUAAAGUCUGAGAAAUCAACAAGCCAAACCUGUUCUGUCAGGAGGCAGCUGAGAGCUAAGCUAAGGAACGUUUGCAUACUGCUGAUGUGUUUAUCAUUUGGCAAGUUCCAUAGAACUGAAAGCGGAAGGCAAAGAAGCCGAGACAGAAGGGAGGGAAUGGACGUUGCUCAGUCUGCAGAAUGCGGAAGUAACCACUGUCAAGGAAGGAGACACUUAAAUUCCCUCUUACUUAAGGCGACAUCUUAAGAUCAGAAAGUCUGUGGUAUCAAAUGACCACUAAAUAUAUCAGUGUAUCAGGGCUAGAUCUAUGCUGGCAUAGAAGAAACAAUGGCAACCGCAUGGGUCAGUGCUGGAGAAUCUGGGGAAUUUCAGAAUUCUCAUUAUGGAAACAAAAAAGGAAACAAUGUUUGUAGACAAGAAAACACAAAGACCAGCUCUCCCAGGGUACGAAGGACAGAAAGUGCCAACAGGACUCCAUCACCUGCCACAAUAUCAAGAAGGAAAAGAGUGGUGAGGGGCAGUAUGUGGAGCACUGCAGGGUCAUUACCUCUUAGAGGAGCAUCCAUCUCUGCAGCUAGUUUUGACACUAUCGAUGGACCAGAAGAACAGGUACUGGAUUCAGCUGUCAGCAGCUUGGUACUGGAUCCUAAUGAACAUGCAUGGAUGCUGAUUGCUGCAGAGGGCAAUUUUGAUGAGCUAAAGGAGUUUUUAUGGCUAGAUCCAAGCCUUUUGUACAAGAGAGACUUUGUUACUGGUUACUCCAUCAUCCACUGGAUGGCUAAGCAUGGCCACCAUGAAGACCUGAUCAAGGUCAUGGAUUUCGCUUGUACUAGUGGUCACACCGUGGAUAUCAAUGUCCGUGACAGCGGUGGACUUACUUCUCUGCAUAUUGCUGCCUUGCAAGGACAUGUCAUGGUUGUCAAAGUGCUGGUUGGUGCAUUCAAUGCAGAUAUCCAUGCUAGGGACCACAAUGGACGCAAGCCCUGGCAGUAUCUAAGACCAGGCACUGCAAGGAAACUUCAGGAGCUGCUGGGAGCUCCCGAGGAAGAGAGUGAGGCAUUAGCUGCAAUGAACGUAAAUAAUAAUUGCCACCCCAAAAACCUUCAAGUGUGUGAUGAAAGAACUGCUGCUCCAAAACUCAUGGUUGCCAUAGCACCUCUCCAAAACCUUUUCAAAAGUGCGUACAGUUUUCUCAAGAAAUGGUAACAGACUAUUACAAUGCAGACACUUUAUUGAACAAGCACAAAUAAUAUGCUGUAUAUGCACUAUAAUAGCAUGACCUACAGCAGUGAAUUCCUUAUGUAUGGUACUCAGAUAACUGUGAAUGAUUUUGAACUGUGUACUUGGAAGGGCUGGUGAUUGACCCACCUCAGUAUCAUACAAUGUGUCUAGUGAAAGCCUCUAGCGUUUUGAGUAAGCUCAGUUUUCUGCUUCAUUGGGUGCUGUACAUGUAUUACAAAAAAACUGAGCUGACCAGCCUUAGUAUAUGGUCAGAAACAGGUAAGAAGAUAUUUUUGGAAACUGUUUAGAUGAUACAUGACGAGAUGCAAAAUCAGUCUCAUAAAGCCACAUUUUCUGACCGGUGCUGUAAUAAUUAAGUAAUUUUACCAUUCCUCUCAUUAGUGAAUGCUGCAGGGAAAAUACAUUUGAGUGGAAUGUGUCAGCUAAUAUUGGCUCAUAGUUAUGUACCUACUAUAGUUUAUGAUCAUUAAAUAGUUUGCCUGGUAGAUAUGUUCCAAUCCAUUAUCUGCCAGUCCUAAUCUGCUUGGAAUAGUGUCAGUUUCCACCAGGCAUCGUAGUUUGUCUGUUUGACUGCACAGCUCCAUUAUGUGAUCCAGUUGUUUGAACAAGAGCCAAAGCACAAAAUUCUAGUCUUGAAACCUGUGGUUUGGGACAGGUCACUUAUAAGUAGGAAUGCACCAAAUUCAAUAUUCUUUUAGGGAUUUUCACAAAAUGUGUUUAGCCUAAUUGAAUACAAACCCUUAGGGUAGGGCUACAUGGACGUUUUCGGCGCAAUUCCGACGAGCUGUGACAAGUCGUAUGCAACUGAAAUAAGGCAAGAGAUAGAAAUGUCGGAUGAAGUCACAGCGCUGAUCCGUCGCGACACGACCGCCGGAUCUCUCCAAAAACGUCCAUGUAGUCCUAGCCUUAAACUGACCUAAAAGAACUGGACAAAUAAUGCAGUUGGAUUUUAAUUCUCAAAUUUGAAAUGUCAAAUUUGGCUCUGGAUUCAGCUUGGUAUUUGGCUGGACCUUUUGUGGAGGAUUCAGUAUUCAGCAAAUCCAAAAAUGCUGUGUCUGGUGCAUCUCUACUUUUAAGCUCCUUUGAAAGCAGUUUUCAAUUCUGCCACUAAUAAAAAUGAAUUUGCUUUUUAUAUUACUAGCCAAUGAGAAGACUCUAAUUAGAAUAAGACAUAUUCGCCAUGUUUAAAAAUUAAAGGAAUAACCAUUAUAGAGUUUGGCCAUUCACUGUGAAGGCAACAUUUACAUUUUAACAAGGAGGUACACAAAAAUGCUCUAUAAUUAGACUGUGCUGAACCCCACUAGAGAUAAGGUACCUAUUAAAGCAUUCAGUAAAUAAUUACCAUUAACCAAUACUUCACACACUGCUUAUUUUUAAGUAUCAUUCUCUCUUCAACCCAUCUUUUCCUCUUACCAGUGGAGUAACUAGAUGUUACUGGGCCCACAGCAAAUUAAUUUUAAGACCACCAACAUAUCCAGAGGUUGUUUUAGUUUUACCAAUAUAUGCUUUUAUCAGAAUGUUAUAAUUUCUCAAAAUUAGAAAUACUGUAGCCAUUAUUAACAUAAAGGCAUAAAAACAAAAUUCACAUUGCUGCUGGUUAGUAAUUUAUAACGGAUUUUUCUGAGGAGCUACCAAUGUGAUGCAUGAUGUGUCAGUGAAACUAGUGCUAAGAUACAUGCCUUAUCACGCCUAAAAGCACUUCCUUGUGGAGACCCAAGGGUGUUGGCACACCCUGCAGAGGAAAUGCUCAAGUUCCUUAAUUUGAGGGCCUUAAAUAAACAUUGUAAUGUCUGUUUAAAAUGUAAAUUUCCUGAUAUGAACUUGAAAUGCUGGUAUGUUCCGAAUAAAAUAAACGGAGCACAAAAAAAAAGAAGUAUUCUCUAUACAACAGCUACAUUCCAUAAUGAAUCAUUUGCGCUUUAUUUUAUAACGUGACAUAGAUUUGUUCCUGCUCGGAAACCUUUAAUGUUGCUUUAGGUUUCUGCUCUCAGGCAAAUUUACAUAGAGAGCCUUAUUGACUUUGUGUAUGUGCCAGUUUAUAUGCAUGUAAUCUGUAUGUUUGAUGUACGCACUCUUCUACUCUACAGCUCUGCACAAUAUGUUGGUACCGGUAUUGGACCUUUUAUCCAGAAUGCUUGGGACCUGGGGUUUUCCGGAUAUCAGAUCUUUCCAUAAUUUGGAU